GGGCACCGAAGAAACAUCGUUAUAGUUUACACGUUCUUUUAUUCCUUUAAAUAUUGUACUUGUGGUUAUAUUCUGCUCUCCAUUAAAUGCACAUCAUGUUGUUCCGGUUUAUUUCCUGUUAGAAAUUAAUAAAAUGCCUCCACAAGCGAGAUGUCUCCUUCGAAAGAAUCCAAAUGGAUCCAUUCUGUGAUCAACUCUGUUUUAGAGUACAGUACAGAAAGAAUCAAAAGUUCAAGUAUACGAAUUUAAAUUUUCGCUCUGUGUGACGUAAUCAUUGCGCAUGCUCACAGCUGUCAAAACGGUCUAUCGAAAUUAACCAUCUUUGUCUGUAUUUUUCAUAUUCCCUUUAAAUCAUGUACUAUGUAUACAAGUACAAUGAAAUACAAAAAGAAACAUUACACCUAAAACAGAUAAAUGAAAGAGCAAAGAAAAAAAUGCCCAUCCGGAAGGAACUUUGUUUGCGCAUGCGCAAAUGAGCUGACGGUACGGCUCGUGCUUCACAGGGGUAGUGACAUGCGCACUCAGCCCAAGUGUGGACCGAAGGCACAGAGGGGGCGUAGCGAAAUCAACGCGACAAAGAGUGGAGACAGAAUUGGGACGGGGCCAUAAUAACAACAAUAGAUUUGUUCGGAAUUUCCGGUUCCGCUGGCCCCGCCCCCUCUCCCGAAACACGCGGAUCUCUUCCGGGUUCUUCAUCCUUUGUUCCCUGUUCGUCAGCAGCCCAGAAGCGGGAGUGUUGAUAAAGCUGUAAGAGAGCUGCAGCAGCAGCAGUUGAUGAACUCUGGAAAGAAGUCCAGCAGCUUGAGGAACAUCUGGUCAAAGAAACUGGAGGGAAGCAGGAGCUCAAACAGCGGCAGGACGCAGCAGAGGAAGAGACACCAGAUGAUGGAUGAUGUUUUCCAGCCCAGAUUAGUGCUGCCAGCAGAUGUUAAAGAAGAGGCUCCUGAAGAACAGAGUCCUGAUGUGGAUCAGCAGGAGCCAGAGCCCCUCCAGAUAAAGGAGGAACAGGAGGAACUCUGGACCAGUCAGGAAGGAGAGCAGCUCACUGUUAAGGAGGAGACUGAUACCAGGUUUCCAUUAACUGCAGCUCCUAUCAAGAUGCUGCCAGCAGAUGUUAAAGAAGAGGCUCCUGAAGAACAGAGUUCUGAUGUGGAUCAGCAGGAGCCAGAGCCCCUCCAGAUAAAGGAGGAACAGGAGGAACUCUGGACCAGCCAGGAAGGAGAGCAGCUCACUGUGAAGGAGGAGACUGAUACCAGGUUUCCAUUAACUGCAGCUCCUAUCAAGAAUGUUAAAGAAGAGGCUCCUGAAGAACAGAGUCCCGAUAUGGACCAAAUAAAGGAGGAAAAUGAAAGAAUCUGGGCCAGCCAGGAUGGAGAACUGAAUGUGAAGAAGGAGACUGAUGAUACCAGGUUUCCAUUAACUGCUGUUGAUAUGAAGAGUGAAGAAGAUGAAGAAAAACCUCUGUUCUCUCAGCUUCAUCAACAGCAAACAGAAGACAGAGAUCUUCCAAGCAGCAUCUCAACUGACCAGAUAAAAGCAGAAAUUAAAGUAGAGGACUGUGGAACAUCAGUAUCCAGCAGAAACCCAGAUCCAAAUAAUCAUGGAGGCACUUCCAACUUUUCAGAGACUGAAGACAGUGAAGAUGAUGAAGAGGAUGAUGAUGUGAAGUAUCAUGAAUCUGAGCUUAAACACUUAUCAGACUCUGAAACUGAAGACAGUGAGGAUGAUUGGAAGGAGAGCAGGACUCCAGGGUCAGGCAGAAACACUGUCAACAAAUCUUUGAGCUGCUCUGAGUGUGGAGGAAAAUUUGCUAACAGACGUUCUCUUCAGAGUCACAUGACAUAUCAUCCAAGAUUAACGUCUUCAGAUUGUUCCGGUAAUGAGACGACAAAAGUUCAGAUAGGUAGUAAAAAGUUUAAUUGUGGUGAGUGUGGUCAAGGUUUUAACUGGAAACAUGAUUUAAAACGACAAACAAAAGUCCACACUGGGGAGAAACCCUUUAUUUGUGAUGCAUGUGGAAAAAGAUUUGCCUACAAGUCAUACUUAAACGCACACAUGAGAAUUCACACAGGAGAUAAACCUUUUGGUUGUGAUGCAUGUGGAAAAAGAUUUAACUCCAAGUCAAGAUUAAACAGACACAUGAGAAUUCACACAGGAGAAAAACCUUUUUGUUGUGAUGCAUGUGGAAAAAGAUUUGUCUCCAAGUCACAAUUAAACGCACACAUGAUAAUUCACACAGGAGAUAAACCUUUUGGUUGUGAUGCAUGUGGGAAAAUAUUUGCCUACAAGUCAGAUUUAAACACACACAUGAGAUGUCACACAGGGGAAAAACCUUUUGGUUGUGAUGCAUGUGGAAAAAGAUUUGCCUACAAGUCAAAUUUAAACAUACACAUGAGAAAUCACACAGGAGAUAAACCUUUUAGUUGUGAUACAUGUGGAAAAAGAUUUUUCUCCAAGUCACAAUUAAACACACACUUGAGAAUCCACACAGGAGAUAAACCUUUUGGUUGUGAUGCAUGUGGAAAAAGAUUUGUCUCCAAGUCAAAAUUAAACGCACACAUGAGAAUCCACACAGGAGAUAAACCUUUUGGUUGUGAUGCAUGUGGGAAAAGAUUUGUCUCCAAGUCAAAAUUAAACGCACACAUGAGAAUUCACACAGGAGAUAAACCUUUUGGUUGUGAUGCAUGUGGAAAAAGAUUCGUCUCCAAGUCAGAUUUAAACAUACACAUGAGAAUCCACACAGGAGACAAACCUUUUGGUUGUGAUGCUUGUGGAAAAAGAUUAGUCUCCAAGUCACAAUUAAACAUACACAUGAGAAUUCACACAGGAGAUAAACCUUUUGGUUGUGAUGCAUGUGGAAAAAGAUUUUUCUUCAAGUCAAAAUUAAACACGCACAUGAAACUCCACAUAGGAGACAAACCCUUUAACUGUGAUGCAUGUAGAAAAAGAUUUGUCUCAAAGUCAAAAUUCAACAUACACUUGCGAAUUCACACAGGAGAUAAACCUUUUGGUUGUGAUGCUUGUGGAAAGAGAUUUGUCUCCAAGUCAAAUUUAAACGCACACAUGAGAAUCCACACAGGAGAUAAACCUUUUGGUUGUGAUGCAUGUGGAAAAAGAUUUGCCUACAAGUCAAAAUUCAACAUACACGUGCGAAUUCACACAGGGGACAAACCCUUUGCCUGUGAUGCUUGUGGAAAGAGAUUUGUCUCCAAGUCACAAUUAAAUGCACACAUGAGAAUUCACACAGGAGAUAAACCUUUUGGUUGUGAUGCAUGUGGAAAAAGAUUUGUCUCCAAGUCACAAUUAAACACACACAUGAGAAUUCACACAGGAGAUAAACCUUUUGGUUGUGAUGCAUUGUGAAGUAGAGUCGUCAAGGAGCAGCAAGAUGAACAAGAAAACAGCAUCAGCCGCCGGUUUCAGAUUCUUCUGUUGACUUUUUAUUUGUUACGUUUGACUCCGACAACCCCUCAAGCUUCCAAGAACUCACUGUUUUUAUAGCCAGUUGGCAACACACCUGCACCUGAGUGGACCAAGCCACAAUUAAACAGGACAAAAAGACAAAAACAAAAUCUAAACAGAGAAACAAAAAAUAAAAUUACUAAUCUAAUUUACAAACUCAUCUACAUAAUGAAGAAAGGAUCUGCAAAAUAGACCAUGUAAUAGAAGUAAACUCAAAAGUUAUUUUAAAGAGAAAAAAAACAAAGCAAUGCUCCAAAGAAAACCCUCUAAUUGGUAGAACCCAGCAAGGUAAUUGGUGACAUCAUCCAGCCAUUCAAGCAGGAAACACUAUGACAAACAAUGGUGAAUAACAAGGAAAACAAAUACCAUGAAUAUACAGGUCCUUCUCAAAAUAUUAGCAUAUUGUGAUAAAGU